GAAAAUAACAACGAGGUUAGUACAUAGAUUAAUUAAAAAGCUUAUAACAACAACAAAAAUUAAACCAGGAUAAUGAGUACGUUUCGCUAGAAAUCCAUCAACAUAAACUCCCUCUCCUUGCCACCAAUCGCUCAUUUUUUCGGAAAAUUCGGACAGAGAUUCGGCUCGGCGGGUUUUGAGGAAAAAACUUAAGAAAUGUUUUCUGAUGGCAGAUCGGACUUAGCCGCAACCAACAUACCACUAUUUCCUAGGCUUUUGGGAGGGGAGGGUUUAGAGACAUAAUUUUAGAGAGAGAGAGUGGAGAAUGGUUGUGGUGUGAAAAAAUGAGAGAGAGGGAGGGGGUAUUUGUACCCACCAGACUCCACCCCCAGGGGCGGUCAGGUAAUUUUGCCCCAGUCAAAACCGCAGCUUGCCGAGGCGGUUUGCGAGUCACGAGGCGCUGACCGCGCCUUGCAGCUGCGGUCUCCGAUCCAUGGCGCAGAUCACUCUGCUGGCGCGCGGUCCGCCAUCCGAUCGCUCCUCCAUCCAACGGUCUUGAAGACCGUUCCGCAGAGAAAGCACACCGCACCUUCCUAGUGCGGUUCGCGUACUGACGUGGCAUGAAACGCAUCACUAAGGUGCGGUUUAUAAGUAAAACGCACCUGUGGGGUGCGGUUUACUUAUAAAACGCACCUCACCUUAGGGGUGCGUUCGAUUAAAAAGGGUGCUAUUUAUGUCAAUUUUUUCGGCUGGGUGCUAGUUUUGUAAUUUUUUUUAAACGUGCUUUUAUUGGAAAAAUCCCAAUACUAGUGUAUGUCUGGCAUACGCUAUACACCUGCCUUCACACCUAUUAUUUGUAUAUGGAUAAUUCCGACGAAUUAGAACUAUUGGUUUUCAUUUUUUAGAUUAAAUGAAUCUUAUAGUUUGGGUUAGAGGAUUGGGGACUGGGUUCAUCCAUUGGAAGUUAAAGUAUAGUAUCAUGUCCCAAAAUAUGACUAAUUCAGGAUCUAAAUAACAAAAAUGAAAGGGCGUACGAUAAAGUAAGCAUACGUCAGGCGUACGCUAGACUGAAACAUAUAUAUCCAUUCACGAAUCAGAGUUUAGGUUAUGAUACUAUACCCUAACCUAUAAUGAGUGAACCAAGUCCCUAAUUCUCUAAACCAAAUCAUAUCGCUAAACUCUAACCUUAAAUUCCUAAUCCCUAAGGGGUCAUUUACUUGUUGGAUUGUGGUGAUGGAUUUGGUACCCAAUCCAAUUCAUCAAGGAUUUAGGACCAAACCCAUGUUUGUUAAAAAAAAUGUGGAGGUACUAAAGAGAGUGAGAUUACCAAAUCCAAUUCAUCAAGGAUUUGCGACAAAACCGAUGUUUGUUAAAAAAAAUGUGAAGGUACUAAAGAGAGUGAGAUUAAUAUUAGUUUGGGCGAUAUGAAUAUUAGACCCUAUUUAGUAUAGUUUCUAUGUUGUUAUGUUGUUGUGUUGUGGGAAGGUUGGGUAAACACAUGACCAACAACAACAACACAACUCAAAUCAACAACCAUGGUGAAUAGAAAAAUUAGCCUCUAACAUUCAUUUUUUCUCGCACUCCACUUCUCCGUCGUUCCCUCCUCGUCUUUCCUUUCUUACACUACAUCCAAAUUUGGAUCGGAGUUCUAGGAGUUUCAUUGAUAUGGGGAAAGGAGUGGGGUCGUAGACGUUGUGGGUUGGGAUUGGGGGUCGUAGUGGUUUCGUGGGGAUGGAGAAUGGAUUGGGGUUGUUGGCGUUGUGGGUUGGGAUUUGGGGUUGUCGGGGUUCGUCGAAUGGGGAAAGGUCGAUGAGUCGGAUUUGGGGUCACUGUGGGUUGGAAUUUGGAGUGACGACGACGGAGAGUGGGAUUGAGAGGUGGGAGGGAGUGAUUGAGGUGGGAUGGGACGUCGCUGGGAACUCAUUGGAGCUCGUCGCAGCUCUUGUGUUUUUGGAUCUGAUGGAGUUUUCAGACGAGGAAGAUGACUAGACGCCACCGGGAAAUCAUCGGAGCUUGAAAGAACUAUUUAGUUCUAGAUAAUCAGAAUUGGGUAUGAGAAUUGGAGUGGAAAUUGGGGAAUUAGGGAAGAACUAAGAAUAGCAAGGGGAAUAAGGGUUUGAGCCAUAGCUCUUGGAAGAGAGGGAGAGGGGUCAGACGUGGGUGAGAGAGAGAGAGAGUUAGGUUCAGGGUUUUAUGAUGAUACUUGCUUGAUGAAAACUAUUUUCAGUUUACCAAAUAUAAACCCAAAAUAAUUACAUUUUGCUACCCAAAGAAUAUUUCAUAACCCAAAUAGGCCAAUAAUGCCUAAAAUCUCCA